AUGAAUUGUCUUAGAACUGCUGCGGAUAGACUAUCGUUUUCUAGUGUGAUGCGGGGGAAAAUAUUAUUCCAAAAUGUACAGAGGAGAAAUGUGGUUUUUGUCAGAGGAAAACGUGUGAAAGGUAUGCUUAGAGAUCCAAGCGACUAUCUGACAUCGAAGGGAAUUAAAUACAGCUUAUCCGAAGAUAAUAUAAAGCCCUUGAAGAACUUCCUAGGUAAGGAGUACGAACUCCCAGAUAAAAUGCUCCUUCAGAUUCUUACGCACAAGUCGUUUGCUCACGGUUCAAAACCAUACAACGAAAAGUUCUCAUUCUUCGGUGAGCGUCUCUUAAAAUAUGCUGCCACAAAGUUUGUUCUUGCAACAGGCAGAAAUGAAAACUAUAAAUAUUCGGUGGGUGGAUAUAACUUUGACUCUAUUGGAUCAUUAGCUCACCGUUUGAUUGUGACUGAUAAGAGUUUAAGCGAAUUUGCUAGUGAAAAGGGAAUUGAUAAAAUAUUCUUCUGCAAAGUGGCUCUUCCGUAUUCAGAAAAGGAGCAUGAAAAGAAUGUUAAACCUAAGGCAAUGUAUUCGACUAUAGUGUCAUCCUUGGCUGGUGCUAUUGCUGCUCAACACGGAAAGGCAGUUGCUGAAAAAUUUGUCAAUGAAAUGUUAUUUAAGGAUAUAUCGCAAUUGGUUUUGAAGAUAGAAGACGGCCAGUGA